UGGACAGAUCCGCUGGAGGGAACGCGUAGGGAUACGGUGUGGAAUGAGGAGGGAGAAUCCGGACUUCCCAUACAGCAACUCCCACAAGAGACUGUCACUUCAGCCAGCGCAUGUUGCACUACUAACAGAAGAACGACGCCAAUUUAGCUGUGAAUCUCUUCAGUUCUGAGGGAAAGUCCUCUUGUUCAUUCAGGACUGGUGUGAACCCAGCCAACGCACAACGUUGUCUCAACGUUGUCUCUACGUUGACUCCCAUAAAUGGAGUCUCACAGAAACGGAGCGAGUGGCUUGUCUCCAGACUUCAGUAGAAUACAACAGGGCUACAACAUGCAGCAGCCUGGACCUGGUCCCAGAGGCGGUCCUCGUCCUCUGUCCUCAGACAGCAGCAGCACGUUCGGGGUGAGGAUACAAGUCCAGGAGAUUGAGGGUCAUCCUUACGUUGUAUUGAACAAUGGGGAUAGCAGAGCAGCUCUGCCGUCUGGUGGCCUGGAGAGCUACAGUAGAAACUGGGACCACCAGGAAGAGUCUGUCAACGCCCACAGCCAGUCUGAUUACACCUCCAUGGUGAAUGAUAGGCAAUCUCCACUAGGAAGUCCCUAUAUGGAGCGAUCUCCGUUAGGAAGUCCCUAUAUGGAACGAUCUCCGUUAGGAAGUCCCUAUAUGGAACGAUCUCCGUUAGGAAGUCCCUAUAUGGAACGAUCUCCGUUAGGAAGUCCCUAUAUGGAACGAUCUCUGUUAGGAAGUCCGAAUAUGGAGCGCAGUAUUCCCAACCAUGCUCGUGGAGGUUCUCUGACUGAGGUUAGAGAGGGUAGUCAAUCACAGAGGACGCUGGCAUCCACCAUGUCCAUGUUCGACUUCCAGGAUUCACACUUACAGCAGUUACAGAGGACCAUGCCGACAUCUAAUAUUGGGUUGAACUUCCAGAGACACCCAGAGCUGCUGAAACCCUACAACCCAGACUGGAACAGCCUCAGCCCCCUCAGCCCCCGCCUCUCCUCCAGCCCCCGCCUCUCCUCCACCCGAAGUCUCUCUGUUCCCCCCACUCAGACAACCUCUGUACCUAGGCCGGGACAUCUCACCAGAGGUCUCCAGAGUGGAGCAGGAGCCGCCCUGACCCAGGGAGCAGGGUCUAGACCCGGACCAGCCAGGAUCCCUCUGCCUGCUGAGGGUAUAGAGAGAGCUCCCACACAGACCCAAGGCCCGGGCCCUGCCCCUGUCCCAGCUCCCGCCCAGACCCAAGGACUGGGCCCUGUCCCAGCUCCCACCCAGACCCAAGGCCUGGGCCCUGCCCCUGUCCCAGCUCCCGCCCAGACCCAAGGCCCGGGCCCUGCCCCUGUCCCAGCUCCCACCCAGACCCAAGGCCCGGGCUCUGUCCCAGCUCCCGCCCAGACCCCAGGCCCGGGCCCUGCCUCAGCCCCAGGUCCCCACCACCAUUCUUUUACCACCUUACUAAGUCCCCCAAGCGAGGUUACCGACGUCCCCAGGAGGUCCCCAAACGCAUUGGACACAGAACCCAUCUCCUCCAUAGGUAGCCUUAUCAACCAGUUCGACAGCCCCCAGCAGAUUGUCCGAGCUGGGCCUAGGAGAGGGAGGAUAGCCCCAGAGGACCGGAGGAGGUCACGCAGCGUGGACAGCAGGCGACAGUGUCACUCAUACCCAUUGGACCCCUCCAGCCCUGCCUCGGCCGUCAGAGGGACCAGGGGAGAGACUCCAGGGGGAGUCACGAGCGCUCCCGGGUCACCUAAGGGGAGAGGGGCCAACGGACCGUCCACUCUGAUGUUUAAUAAGCUCCAGUGGGAGAAAGAGGAGGGGCCUAGCGUUGUGUCGCCUAAAGCGGUGAAGGUACUGUACAGAGUGGAGAAGACCUCCCUGAGCAGAUCCAGAUCUCUCAACCACACAGAGGAGGAGUCAAAGAGAGAAACUCAGGUCAUCACUCCAGACCUUUUGAAAGGUCAGAGGGGUCUGCAGCAGCUCUCCACUGAACCACAACGACCAAAUGAAGACGCCACUAAACGGAUACUGUUCACUUACCUCAAUGAUGGGACCACUGAUUUAUCCUCCACCACUCAGAAGAAGGUGAACCUGGUGUUUGACAGAAUCAACCAACUGAAGUGGAAGACUGCAGAGAACGUGGAGGAGGAGAUCAGGGAUUGUGCUGCUGAGACCAAGGCGCUACAGCAGGAAGGAGCAGAACUGGAGAGAGAGGUGUCAAAGCUGAAGACACAGUUGGAGCACAAGACCAAGAAUGGCAGAGCUCUAGUGGAGGCAUGUGAGAGGGCUCAGACGGACGUGAAGACUGUUCAGGAGGAACUGGACAGGAGACGGGAGGAACUCUCCACGCUACGGGAUAGGCUGGCUGGGAUGGAGGCGGAGCUUGAAGUUGUCAUAGACGAGCUAGUCAAGGUGAAAGCAGAGAGAGAACGUGACCGUACAGAGAGGAAGGUCCUCCUGCAGCAGCUGUCUGAUAUGCAUGAUGAACUGGACCAGGCCAAGAACACAACACAGGCAGAAAGCACAGAGAAACAGCUCCUUCUGAAGGAUCUGGCCCAGCUACGGUUGGACUUCCAGGAGCUCAUUCAGGUGCAGGAGGAGCAGGAGGAGGUGCUACACUGGAGGGAGAGGGAGCUGACCGCCCUGAAGGGAGCACUGAAGGAGGAAGUGGAGAGUCAUGACAAGGAGCUGGCCAUUAUGAAGGAGGUGUACGACAAGGAGGUGCAGAAGCUCCAAGAGGAGGUGGAGGAGGUGAAAGAGAGUAACACAGUUCUGGCCCAGGAGGUGGAGGAGGAGAGAGGGGAGGCCCGGGGCCAGGUGAAGGAGCGGAUCCAGGAGAGAGAGGAGCUUAAGGGACAGGUAGAGGAGCUGGAGAGCAAGGUGGACCAGCUCAACCUCGUCAUCAAGGAGUCCAAAACUCUACAGAGACAGCUGGUGAAAUGUGUAGAGCAACUCAAGCGAGAGAAGCAGCAGGUGGAGGGAACGCUAGCGGAGGUGAAGGAGAAGGAAGAGGAGAUCAGCCAGGAAAACAAAGACCAACUAAUAAAGCUGGAGAAUGUACAGAGCGAGUUGACCCAGCUGAACCACCACCACAGGGAGGCGAAGGAGAGGCUGACGGAAGAGAGGAGGAGAACAGAGGAGCUGAGGAGGAUGAAGAGUGAUCUGGAGGAGGAGAGGAGACUGCAGAACAGCACUGUGGAGAAACUGCAGAGGGAGAUGAGUGUUAAGGUGGAGGAGUGUGAGGCGUCCACUGAGCAGCUCCAGCUGCAGGUUGAUGAAGUCAGAAAGAAGAGCCACACAGAGCUGACUGAGCUCCAACAACAGCUGCAGGAAAAGGGACUGGACCUGGAGAAAUCACAACAGAAUACCAGAAAACUGCAGGAAGAGCUACUUACCCUGGAGCAGGGUCUGGAGCGGAGUCGUAGGGAGUGGGAGGAGGUCCAGCAGAGAGGCAGACAACUGGAGAGGAAGGUGGAGGAGCUGGAGGAGAGGAACGCUCAUGCCCAGGAGGACCACGCCCGACAGGUCAAACUCAUUGAGGGUCAGAUGAGCCAACUGGAGCAGGAUCUGCAGGAUGAGAGGAGCAGUACAGAUCUCCUGAUGAACAGAGUGGAUCAAGGAAAACAACAGAUGGAGCUGAUAAGAGGUGAGCUGCUGCAGGAGAGAGCAGUCAAACAGGACCUGGAGUGUGACAAGAUCACUCUGGAGAGACAGAAUAAGGACCUGAAGAGUAGGGUGUCUCAUCUAGAGGGCUCUCAGAGGUCCAAUCAGGAUGUUGUGGUUUCCAGACUGGAGGGAAGGAUCCAGGAGCUGGAGGGGAGGUUGGAGGGAGAGGAGAGAGACAACAUCAACCUGCAACAAGCCAACAGGAAACUAGAGAGAAAAGUGAAGGAAAUGAUGAUUCAAGUGGACGAUGAGCACAUAUCCAUGCAGAACCAGAAUGACCAGGUAAAGUGGACGAUGAGCACAUAUCUCUGCAGAACCAGAAUGACCAGGUAAAGUGGACGAUGAGCACAUAUCCAUGCAGAACCAGAAUGACCAGGUAAAGUGGAUGAUGAGCACAUAUCUAUGCAGAACCAGAAUGACCAGGUAAAGUGGACGAUGAGCACAUAUCCAUGCAGAACCAGAAUGACCAGGUAAAGUGGAUGAUGAGCACAUAUCUAUGCAGAACCAGAAUGACCAGGUAAAGUGGACGAUGAGCACAUAUCCAUGCAGAACCAGAAUGACCAGGUAAAGUGGAUGAUGAGCACAUAUCUAUGCAGAACCAGAAUGACCAGGUAAAGUGGAUGAUGAGCACAUAUCUAUGCAGAACCAGAAUGACCAGGUAAAGUGGAUGAUGAGCACAUAUCUAUGCAGAACCAGAAUGACCAGGUAAAGUGGAUGAUGAGCACAUAUCUAUGCAGAACCAGAAUGACCAGGUAAAGUGGAUGAUGAGCACAUAUCCAUGCAGAACCAGAAUGACCAGGUAAAGUGGAUGAUGAGCACAUAUCUAUGCAGAACCAGAAUGACCAGGUAAAGUGGACGAUGAGCACAUAUCCAUGCAGAACCAGAAUGACCAGGUAAAGUGGAUGAUGAGCACAUAUCUAUGCAGAACCAGAAUGACCAGGUAAAGUGGACGAUGAGCACAUAUCUAUGCAGAACCAGAAUGACCAGGUAAAGUGGACGAUGAGCACAUAUCCAUGCAGAACCAGAAUGACCAGCUGAACCAGAGGCUGAAGACCGCGAAGAGACAGAUGGAUGGGGCCGAGGAGGAGAUAGAACGUCUGGAAAACUCUAAGAGGAAGUUACAAAGAGAUCUGGACGAACAGAUAGAGACCAACGAUCAGAUCCUCAGCCAGCUCAACGCCCUGCGUUCAGAGAUGAGGCGUAAGCAACAGAAAUCAGCGCCGCUCCUGAUGAUCGAGAAGGCUGAUGAUACUGUCUGUGAGGAUGACAUCAACUCUGACUGAAAGAUGCACUAACUUAUAGUACUCCGGCGUAUUCCCACGAGGUCUCAACGAGCUCUUCAUUCCCACGAGGGACACGAGGUCUCAAGGAGCUCUUCAUUCCCACGAGGGACACGAGGUCUCAAGGAGCUCUUCAUUCCCACGAGGGACACGAGGUCUCAAGGAGCUCUUCAUUCCCACGAGGGACACGAGGUCUCAAGGAGCUCUUCAUUCCCACGAGGGACACGAGGUCACAAAGAACUCUUUCCACUUUUUCUUAUCCUUGGUGACAUGUUGUGAUGCUCUGACAGCCUGGUGAAAAGAAUUAUAAGCAGUCAAGUCAAACACAGAUUUCCUGAUUCUCACAAAGGGCCGGUAAAAUCACAGUGAGGAAUGAAAAGCGUGACAGAAGUUUCUCAUUAAAACAACAUUUUCAUGUACAACUCAAGUGUGGGUUUGGGGCCUAUCUGUGGAUUUCAUAACCCUUUGCAUUACACUGCCCUCCAGUGGCCAUUGUAGAACUGCAGUUACAGGAGAAAAUGUUUUCACUUUUCACCAUCAUAAAACGGUCCAUAACUAUAUUGUGUGCUGCAUCACUUUUACUUUCAUAAUGUAAUUAACCUAUGAAUGAAUAAAGGUUAAUUCAUAACUAA